CCACUCACCACAUUCACUUAAAAAUUAUAUUCGUUUUCUUAAAUCUUCCGUAUGUCAUAUCAACAAGAAAAAUUAACUGAAAUUCUUCAUUGUUCUUCUGAAAUUAUCCGUUGUAAAGAUUAACAAUUAGAUAAUGGUGACCGACAAAAAUCCAGAAGGUGCUGCUGGGGAUGGGAAGUCUGAAGAAAUAGGUGCCGAUGGAAAUGUUCUGAUUUCUAUGAAAAUCCUCCCACUGCUCAAGGAACGUCAACAACAACACGGACUUCGACAUGGGGACUACCAGCGAUAUCAAGGAUAUUGUUCUCGACGACUGCGUCGACUUCGAGAAACCCUCAAAAUUCCACAAGGAGACAGGCGACAUUUUAAGAAGAAGGAAAUUACGGUGGUUGAAAUAGAUGCGGAAAAGGCGGACAGUCGACAUUUAGAAAUACCUUUGACUAUUACUGAGCGGGCCUGGGCGUGUGCAAUGGCUUUAAAACAAGAUGCCAAUACGGAAACGAGAAAAAAAUUUCACCUGAUUUCUCGUCUGAAGAAAGCUGUGAAGCAUAGUGAAAAUUUGGUCAACAUCGCCAAUGAGAGUACACGUCUUGAUGCUAGGACUAAGCUGGAAUGUGAAGCCUAUGCGUCCUUCAUAAAUGCGGCGUAUUUCUUUGAAAGAGAACAGUGGAAUGAUGCAAUGGUUGCCUACAAGAAAACACAGAGUAUUUACACUCAAAUUGCACAAGCACUUGGAGAGCAUCCAGAAGGGGCUAUAUAUGCAGAAAAAACUGCAGAGAUUCUACCAGCUAUGAGAUUCUGCUCUUACAACACACACGAGCUUGAGCUGGAUAUUUCUGAUUUGGCCUCAGAGUACCAAUCAGCAGCCAUUGAAGCAAUGAUUGCACAACGGCCAAAAAUGUCAGAAGUGACAUUCAGGAACAAUAAAAUAGCUGUUAAUAGCGAAAAAGUUGCUGCUGUGUUGUUACGCAUUGAAGAAUUUGAGAAAAAGGUUGACAAAAAAGUGGAAAUGUAUGAGCAAAUUCUGAUUGAAUUGCGAGAUGCUAUCCAAACUGCUCGUGAUUCUGCAAAGACGGAUCAGCCACCUACCGCUAAAACCAAGCCAUCAAUGUUAUUAAGCUAUUUGCUAUUUUUGCGUUUGAGGCUAACAAACUCUCGAACGGAACUGAUGAUGCAAGAUAAACAAGUACCAAAGGACAAAAUUAGAUUUGUGGAAAUGAUUAAUCAUAACUUUGGUGAAAUGAAAACAAUUCCUGGAUUGGAAACUGACGAAGAUUUUCAACAAGAAAUCGAUGAUCAAAUAAUCCUAUUCCAAGGAAUUAGGUCUCGAUACAUUGGCGACGUUUACAAAUACAAUAAGCGUUGGUCAGAAGCUUUGGCAGUAUAUGGGCGCAGUUUCGACUAUAUAAAUCAGGCUUUGAAAGGAUUGUCUUCCGAUUCGCCGUUCUUUGGAUUUGCGAAAACAAACGCCACAUACUGCGAAGGGGUAAUAAUUGAAUGCAAAGCUCAAAUUCUUAUACAGCAAAAACUGGAGGAAGACGGAGGGGAGGAUAACUUGUUUAAAUACAGUCGUCCUGAAAAACCACUUUGCGAACGAUUAGAUGAAUAUGUCUUGGAUGAAAGUUUGGUGUCCAAAAAACCAAACGUCAUAACCAUCCCUCCACCAAUGAGACCGAUACCCUGCAAACCAUUAUUUUUUGAUUUGGCUGGCAACCACAUUUCAUACCCCAUGGAUGAAAUUGAAGAAAAGGCCGGUACAUCCAAGAAAUCUCCCAAGAAAGAAGGCGGAGGUAUCACCGGAUUAGUUAAAGGUCUUUGGGGUUGGGGUGGAAAAUAAGUGUUAAAUUUCAUAGCGUGCUGACAAUUUUGUACCAAUUUCUGAAAAGUAUAUAAUAUAUAUAUAAAUAUAAGAACAACAAGAGAUUGGGAUGCCUUUAACUUUGUGUAUAUCAUUGUUGCAUUCCUGUUUAAUCAAUAAUAAUAUUAACAAUGUUACUAAAAUUUAAAAAUGUAGAUCGUGCAAAAAAUUGUCUAAAUUUUAAAUAAAAUAUACUUUGA